AGAAUAAUAAAGAGAAGAAGCAAAACGACAUAGUUUUUGAUAGAGACAUAGAACAACAAUAUUCUCUUCUCUGUUUGAUCUUUUCUCUGUUCUUUGAUCCGACCAUCAAUGGAUAGAUACGACAUCUUAAGAGAUCUUGGUUCCGGUAACUUUGGAGUUGCUAAGCUUGUCAGAGAGAAAGCCAACGGAGAGUUUUAUGCCGUUAAAUACAUCGAAAGAGGCCUUAAGAUUGAUGAACAUGUUCAGAGAGAGAUCAUAAACCACAGAGACUUGAAGCAUCCUAAUAUCAUCAGAUUUAAAGAGGUUUUUGUAACACCAACACAUCUUGCCAUAGUAAUGGAGUAUGCAGCUGGUGGUGAACUUUUUGAAAGAAUUUGCAAUGCCGGUAGAUUCAGCGAAGACGAAGCAAGAUAUUAUUUCAAACAACUUAUCUCGGGAGUUAGCUAUUGUCACGCUAUGCAAAUAUGUCACAGAGACCUUAAGCUCGAGAAUACACUCUUAGACGGGAGCCCGUCUUCGCAGCUCAAAAUAUGCGAUUUUGGAUACUCGAAGUCAUCAGUUUUACACUCUCAGCCAAAAUCCACCGUGGGAACGCCAGCUUACGUUGCUCCGGAAGUUUUGUCCCGGAAAGAAUAUAAUGGAAAGAUUGCAGAUGUGUGGUCGUGUGGGGUGACCUUAUAUGUAAUGUUAGUUGGUGCUUAUCCCUUUGAAGAUCCCGAAGAUCCAAGAAACAUUAGAAAUACCAUUCAGAGGAUAUUAAGUGUACAUUACACCAUACCGGACUACGUCAGGAUUUCCUCCGAGUGCAAGCAUCUCUUAUCUCGUAUCUUCGUGGCUGACCCUGAUAAGAGAAUAACUGUACCGGAAAUCGAAAAGCACCCGUGGUUCUUGAAGGAUCCUCUAAUUGUACCGCCGGAGGAGGAGAAAUGCGAUAAUGGAGUGGAAGAUGAAGAAGAAGCAGAAGAGAAGUGUCGACAGAGUGUUGAAGAGAUAGUGAAGAUAAUAGAGGAAGCAAGAAAAGGAGUGAAUGGUAUGAAUAAUAAUGGUGGAUUAGGGUUAAUAGAUGGGAGCAUUGAUCUUGAUGAUAUUGAUGAUGCUGAUAUUUAUGAUGAUGUUGAUGAUGAUGAAGAGAGAAAUGGUGAUUUUGUAUGUGCUCUAUGAUUUCAUAUACAUGCAUUCAUGUGUGUAUGUCCAUGCAUAUGUUUUAUUUGUAUGCCGCUUGAGAAUUAUAUUCGAUGAUCUUGUGUUGCAUGUUUGUAUAAUUAAGUGGGAAUAAUUCACCUCUAAUCAAGUUAAAUAAAGUAUAAGAUUUGUG